CGGGCCGCCCGGUCUCCGGCGAUCGCGCGGAUGGCGGCGCUGGCGGCGCUGGCCAAGAAGGUGUGGAGCGCGCGGCGCCUCCUGGUGCUGCUGGUGGUGCCGCUGGCUCUGCUGCCCAUUCUCUUCGCCCUGCCGCCCAAGGAAGGCCGAUGCCUGUAUGUCAUCCUGCUCAUGGCGGUGUACUGGUGCACAGAAGCCCUGCCCCUGUCAGUGACGGCUCUUCUGCCCAUCAUCCUCUUCCCCUUCAUGGGUAUUCUGCCCUCCAGCAAGGUCUGCCCCCAGUACUUCCUCGACACCAACUUCCUCUUCCUCAGCGGCUUGAUCAUGGCCAGCGCCAUCGAGGAAUGGAACUUGCACCGGAGAAUCGCCCUCAAGGUCCUCAUGUUGGUUGGGGUCCAGCCUGCAAGGCUCAUCCUGGGGAUGAUGGUGACCACGUCAUUCCUGUCUAUGUGGCUGAGCAACACGGCCUCCACCGCAAUGAUGCUACCCAUCGCCAGUGCUAUCCUCAAGAGCCUCUUUGGCCAGCGGGAAGCUCGGAAGGACCUUCCCCGGGAAGACAACGAGAGCACAGCUGCUGUGCGGGGAAAUGGACUUCGAACAGUGCCCACGGAGAUGCAGUUUCUUGCCAGUUCAGAAGGAGGCCACACUGAGGAUGCAGAGGCCCCACUGGAGCUGCCUGACGACACCAAGGAGGAGGAACACCGCAGAAACAUCUGGAAGGGCUUCCUCAUUUCCAUUCCUUACUCUGCCAGCAUCGGAGGCACUGCCACCCUCACGGGCACAGCCCCCAACCUCAUCCUGCUGGGCCAGCUCAAGAGUUUCUUCCCACAGUGUGAUGUGGUGAAUUUUGGCUCCUGGUUCAUCUUCGCCUUCCCUCUCAUGCUGCUGUUCCUACUGGUGGGCUGGCUCUGGAUCUCCUUCCUUUAUGGUGGAAUGAGCUGGAGAGGUUGGAGGAAGAAGAAGUCGAAGAUACGAGCUGAUGCAGAGGAUCAGGCAAAAGCAGUGAUUCAGGAGGAGUUCCAGAACCUGGGGCCCAUCAAGUUUGCCGAACAGGCCGUCUUUGUCUUGUUCUGCACGUUUGCCGUCCUCCUCUUCUCCCGGGACCCCAAGUUUAUCCCUGGCUGGGCCAGCCUCUUCGCCCCUGGGUUUGUCUCGGAUGCUGUCACUGGUGUGGCCAUCGUCACCAUCCUGUUCUUCUUCCCUUCCCAGAAGCCCUCACUCAAGUGGUGGUUUGACUUCAAAGCUCCCAACUCGGAGACGGAGCCCCUGCUGAGCUGGAAGAAGGCCCAGGAGACGGUGCCCUGGAACAUCAUCCUUCUUCUAGGAGGUGGCUUUGCCAUGGCCAAGGGCUGUGAGGAGUCGGGGCUAUCAGCGUGGAUCGGCGGGCAGCUGCACCCCCUGGAGCAUGUCCCCCCAUUGCUGGCAGUACUGCUCAUCACCGUGGUCAUCGCCUUCUUCACGGAGUUUGCCAGCAACACGGCCACCAUCAUCAUCUUCCUGCCCGUCCUGGCAGAGUUGGCCAUCCGACUGCAUGUGCACCCCUUGUAUCUGAUGAUCCCAGGCACCGUCGGCUGCUCCUACGCCUUCAUGCUGCCGGUCUCAACGCCCCCCAACUCCAUUGCCUUCUCUACUGGACACUUGCUGGUCAAAGACAUGGUGCGGACGGGUCUCCUGAUGAACCUGAUGGGUGUCCUGCUGCUCAGCCUGGCCAUGAACACCUGGGCACAGACCAUCUUCCAGCUGGGCACCUUCCCAGACUGGGCCAACACCCACACUGCCAACGUCACCGCACUGCCACCAGCCUUGACCAACAACACAGUUCAAACCCUCUGAGCCCUGCUGGGGACUUCUUUUUAGGUUGGGCCUUCUUCCCCAGAGGACUGUUGCUGUCCCUUGCUGCUAGGAUCCUACAAGCUGAUCAAGCAAUUCUUUCCUGUAAUCUGAUAGGAGGCAGCAAGCAAGGACGUCCUCCAGUGGUUCCCUGGGGCCAAGGGCUCACUGUCUGCAGCACCUUCUCUUUCUUUCUCAUGCAUUUCAAAGCCAGCUAUCUCCUGCACCCGCUGCUUGUGGCCCCCAGAACAGGCUUUUCUCACCAAGCUGGUCUGUGGCCGGGGUGCAGGAAAGUCCACUUCAGCCACCAGGAGCGAAAGCUGAAAUGGCAUUUGUUUUGCACACCUGGGGUCAGGGGUAUCAAUGCUCAAGGCUGCCAUUGGAUUUAGGUCUCUGGAGACAUCGUCACUCCAGAGCUGGGAGAGGCUUUGCGACAGCAACGCUCCAGGCCAGAUGUUACAGCUGUUCGAAGCAAGCUUGAUUCUGCCCUCUCUUUUUAGCCGUCUCCCUUGUAGAUGAUCCAGGCCACUAGAGGUUAGCUUCCAUUGCCUCAGGCAGAGGGAGGACACAGGUCUUCCUAGAGUCUCUCCGAUGUUUUCCCCAGUCUCCCAAGCACCACACCAUGGGGGGUGGGGGAUGGAGAAACCCCAGCUCACACACCUACCCAAGAUGCUUGGGGUUCUCUUUUUUCAUCUGAUUCUCUUAGGCCCUAGCCCUAGGGCAGCCCUGCUGGGCCCUUGAGAGGGGGCUCUGUGGCUGUAGAGUUGUUUUUACCCUGACAACUCGGUUUGUCCUCCCUACUCCCACCCCACGUGAUCAAUACGUCUUAUUUGCAAAAGCCAUGGUCUUCAGGGGUGAGAGAUAAAUCUGAAGGUCAGUGAAGACCUCAGAGAAAGCCGGGCAAAGUGUCUUAGGCCAGAAGUCUGCUGUAACAUCGGAACAUGGUGACAAUGUAACACUGUGCAGAUGCAGACACCACCCCCACCUCUCCCCCACCCCCACCCCCUGCCCAGGACAGUCUUCCACCAGAGGCUGAAGCCAGGAAGCAGACAGUUGCUGUCCUUAUUCCUUUUUAAAGCCCUGGCACUGUGAACAACGCACUGUGGGGACAGUGGGCGGGCGACUCAGAACUCUGCUGGCACCUGGGGGUGGAGCCAUCACUUCCUCCAGAGGGCAGAUAUCCCAGGGAUGGCACAAGUGAGUCAGAGUGUUUUCCCAGAGCUGGAGUGGAGGGGGCCCUGAGCUGGAGGUGACACCGGAAGACUGAAUCAGCUUCAGCACCCCUGGGGCUGGAUGGUGGCCUCCCUCAGGGGACAAGGACGGGCAUACACAGAGAAGACCACGGCCUUGGGACCAUAGGAUUCAUGAUUUCUGAUACUGCUGAUCAAAAAUGCGCUCAAAUAAAGAAUGUUGGUCAAUACUGGA